GUGACGAUCGCCUCCGACCGAUUGAGCAUCUCGGUGAACAAGACCCUAGGCGCGAUGACGGGUCUGAUCAUGGACGGCAUCGAUGUCUUAGGACCGGUCUCGGGGAGGAUAGGGAUGGGGUAUUAUGAUUGUUACUGCAAGACGAGUAUUCCGGCGGUCAAUAGUUCGGUUUGGUCGCCGUCUAAUCCUAAUCCUCAGUCUUCCCGGCACUACUAUGCGGGACAGUCGGGUCAAGCGAAUUAUACGGUCCAUCAGGGCGAUUCUUGGAUCGGGUUGAUGAUGAGCGAACAGUAUAAUGUCACAGACCAGCUGUUCCAGCAAUGGUGGUUCUUGAGGGAGAACGAGACGGGGUAUCAUAGUUUUACGAGGUUGGCUUUCGAUAAUGGGACAGAGGAGAUCGAUCUGGGAAACGUACAAGAGUUGAGACAGGUGAUCUCCCCGAAUACCCCGAUUUGGACUCAUCUGGUCACCAACUCGGUGCAAUACGGGCAUUUGCCUUCAAAAGCCGCUAUAGCCAAUCAGGUGACCGUGCAAGAUGCCACUUGGUAUUACAAUGUGACCGAGGGCAAUCCUUACAAGACCGAAUCCUCGGACUACUUUACGAAGUAUGAAUGGGCGGACUUGUAUGGCGGUCACAAGGCGCAUGGGUUCUAUGCGGACGGUUCAGAGUCCAACGGAACAACUUUGGGCUUUUGGACAGUGUUCUCGAAUUUGGAAGGUUAUACCGGAGGGCCGUUGCGAAGCGAUCUUGUGGUCGAUACCAAUAUUUACAACUACUACGCUUCGAACCACCGGGGCGCGGCCACUUUGAACCAAACGUCGGGCUUUGACCGUAUUUUCGGGCCGUCUUUCAACUACAUCAACCGGGAUGGGGACGUUGAGACUCUGCUAGCCGAUGCGGAACAGUAUGCGAAUUCAUCCUUUGCCGCUGACUUUUAUGAUCAGAUCGCUGAGCUCGUUCCAGGUUACGUCGGGACGACUGGUCGAGGCGACUUCAACGCUGUGGUCAAUCUGCCAUCGGGAUCGUCGAAUGGCAAAGCCGUCCUGUCGGCGGUUGGGGUAGACUUCCAAGAUGCCGUUGAUUAUGCGGUCGGACAGUAUUGGGGCAAUGUCAGCUCCAGUGGCAAAGUCGCGAUCCCGCGAGUCAAGGCAGGGAGCUACCGAUUGACCGUGUACGCCGAGGGCAUCUUUGGGCAACUCGAGAUGGAUGGGGUAACAGUCUCGGCUGGCGAUGGAGAGGGCGCGCCUUUUGCAAUUGAUUGGUCUGGUGAGACUCAUGGUCGGGAAUUGUGGAGGAUCGGAACUCCAGAUAAGACUGCGGGAGAGUUCAGGCAUGGUUUUGCCGCCGACCCAAACCAUACCUUACAUCAAAAUGAAUAUCGCCAAUACUGGGGGGUGUACGACUUUCCUACCGAUUUCCCGGAAGGUGUCAACUUUACCAUCGGCCAGUCGGACAUUUCCAAAGAUUGGAAUUAUGUUCAUUACAGUCGAUAUGGUCCAACCCAUGAUCGCAAAGAGAUCGCCCUCGACAACGUCAAUGUUUGGACUGUCAAUUGGCAACCGGAGCAAGCUUUCGAAAAGGCAGGCAAGAACGCUACUUUGACGGUUCAACUGGCCGGAGCGAGGACUGCAUCGGGCAACCUGGACCUCCCCGAACCGAGUUCCAACUACUCCGAUGUCGACUAUACGGUAAUGAUCAAUGGCAACGAGCUGGUCUGGACGAUCCCGUACAACGCCUCGUCUUCGUGCUCGGACCGAAAUGGGAUCGCGUGUUACAACUUGCGCAACCUGUUCGGCUUCCCCGGAGACUGGUUGAAGAACGAGACGACCGAGAUCAACGUCUUCGAGUUCAUGUUGCCUUACAACGCCAGCGGAGGAGACGUCAAUUUCCGCAAUUAUAGCGUUUCCGUUAUGUACGAUGCGAUCCGCUUGGAGAUCGACUGA